CAACGCUAGUCUGCAGGGCCAGGCUUCGAAGGCCCUUCGUCCGCCAGUUUCUUACCUCUCCCGUUUUUUUGCAGCUGGCUUCUGUACCGCUGUUUUUCAUUCAAGGAUCGAGCAAAUCACGGAAAUUUUACGAGUCUAACCAAAACUCCACUGAUCCAAGGUCAGCGUGCACUUGACAACGACUGCUCGGGACCUUUUUGUCAAUCCAGGUACCGCUAUGUAGCGGGAGGUCAGUGGUCGAUAUUUAUGUAGGUAUGCGAUGUAUCCACCGUGCAAAGUAUGCAAUUCUCGAAUUCACCGUAUAAGAGCUGUUCUUGGAGAAUCUGACAGUGCCGAUUGAGGAGGCAUGGACGAAUUUCGAACUGUAGAAGUCGGUUCCGCGAUGGACGCGGUAUCGAUCCCUGAUGUUGCUGAGGGCGUGUACCCGUUGACCCUGGUGUGCAUCUGUUUCAUGACAGGCAUCACGCCUUACAAGCCCUCAGCAACACCAUUUACCAACAUCAACUUGCAUCGACAUUGCCCAGCUUCCUACCAUCUUGGCUACCCACAGCUCAGUAUUGGCAUCAUCUGUGUCUGUGCCGUCAUCCAGAUGAACGGUUGUUCGGCGCAGUCGAAACAUCUUCCAAGAGAUAUUCUCUUUGCGCCGCACCACUUUUCAGGGGAAGAGUGCCUACCCGGACUAAACUGUUCACCAAACUCAGGCGCUUCGGUAAACCCAGCUUGCUUGCUGUCGUGUCCAUCAGUCGCCACUUCCAUCGUUCCCUCGCGUGGACCCGCAAUGUCACGAUCAAUACUCUUUGCUCGCCCUACCCUUCGAGUGAAAGGGACAACCUUCAAGCAUGCAAACCCUAUGCUUCGAAGUAGGCUUAUGUGAGAUGAAGCUGACGUGGAUAUAUCUAGAAUCAAGCUUUUCUGCAAGCCUUCGAACAUCCACCCUGGUUGACUACGUACGCACAUCGAUGUGUAUACCUGUCACCCGAGUCAGCACACUGAGGGACCUCGAAGCGGAACUGGUCAGAAUCCGAAUCCGAACACUCAACCUUACCUUUGAC